AUGCUCUCCAAUAUCGCUGGCUCCGCAUUGGAGCUCGCCAGGAGAGCCGCCGAGGAGACUGAACCCGAUGGAGAGCCGGAUUCUUCCAAGAAGGAGAUCUAUGCAUCAUGGGCCAUCUUUAUCCUCAUUAUGCUGCUGAUAGUGGCUUUCUUCACAAGUUACACCUUGCAGCAGAGAAAGGUCACCGCGGUACACGAGACGGUCAUCUCGAUCUUUGCAGGCAUGAUCGUUGGUUUGAUUCUCCGAGUAAGCGCCGGCGACAGCAUCCGAGACCUCGUGAGCUUCGACUACCAGAUAUUUUUCAACCUCCUUCUUCCGCCCAUCAUUCUAUCUUCUGGCUACGAAUUGCACCAAGCGAACUUCUUCCGCAACAUAGGAACAAUCCUCACGUUUGCGUUUGCUGGCACCUUCCUGUCUGCGGUAGUGAUCGGCGUUAUCCUCUGGCUGUACACACGAGUCCCCUUGGAGGGACUCAGCAUGAACUGGAUUGAUGCCAUCUCCGUGGGCGCGACUCUGUCGGCAACAGAUCCGGUGACGAUCCUAGCCAUCUUCAACUCGUACAAGGUCGACCCGAAGCUAUACACCAUCAUCUUUGGCGAGUCGAUCCUCAAUGACGCCAUCGCCAUUGUCAUCUUUGAGUCGGCGCAAAAGUCCAAGCACGGCGCAGCGACCUCUCCUGGCAUCGUCAGCUUGCUCAAGGGUAUCGGUAUCUUCUUGAAGGAUUUCUUCGGAAGUUUGGUCAUCGGAGCCCUGGUGGGCAUAGUGGCUGCGCUGGGCUUGAAAUAUACCUACGUGCGGAGAUACCCCAAGAUUGAAAGCUGCGUCAUCGUCUUGAUCGCCUACGCGACCUACUUCUUCUCUCAAGCGGUGCAGAUGUCAGGUAUCGUGUCGCUGCUGUUCUGCGGAAUAACGCUCAAGCAUUAUGCAUACUUCAACAUGUCGAGGAGGACCCAGCUUACAACCAAGUACUUCUUCCAAGUCCUCGCUCAACUCUCGGAGAACUUCAUCUUCAUCUACCUUGGACUUUCGCUCUUCACCGAGAAGGACUUGCAGUAUCAGCCCCUGCUGAUUAUUGUUACCGUCAUCGCGGUAUGCGCCGCCCGGUGGGUUGCGGUGUUCCCACUGUCCAAGGCCAUCAAUUGGUUCAUCCAUUACCGCGCACGCCGCAGAGGCAUCACAAACUCUGUCGAUGAGCUGCCAUACAACUACCAAGCCAUGCUGUUCUGGGCAGGUCUCCGCGGUGCCGUCGGCGUCGCCCUGGCUGCGCUCCUGACCGGAAAGGAUCAGUAUGCGCUGAAGGCGACUGUGCUGGUCGUUGUGGUGUUGACAGUCAUCAUUUUCGGCGGUACCACAGCCCGCAUGCUGGAGAUUCUGGGCAUCCGGACCGGCGUCGUCGACGAGAUUGAUUCGGACGACGAGUUCGAUAUCGAAACCGUCGGCUCGGGCGGCUUCAUGAAGCGGUCAGGAAACGGCAUCGGAUACAACCCACGGCGUAGCGGCGCCAUCCUGCCGCUCGACCGUGUGGACAGCCAAGGCAAUCUGAAGCGCAAGGACAGGGCGGCUCGUAGCGGAUGGACCUCGGGCCACCACUCACCGAACCCGCUGACCCGGACCUCGAGCCAGAAUAGAAAGGGCUCCAACUCGGACGAUCCGGAGAGGGCAGACCUCCUGGGCCAGCCCACGAGCGCGACCGACUCCGAUUUCGGUAGCGACAUUGACACCUCUGAUCUCCCUCCCCCCGCGCCCAGGAGCAGGACCAGCCCCAUGCCUUCGGGCGCCAUGGACGGAAGCGGCGGAGAGAGCAGCCGGACCAGGUCCAACACCGAGGGAGGAGGAGGGCAAGGUAUCACGGCCACUGCGGCCAUCCGUCAGCUGUUCAGCACGGAGGAUCCCAGUGCCCUGUUCAGGCAGCUGGACGAGGACUAUAUCAAGCCGAAGCUGCUACUGGACGGCGGCAACGGUCGGGGCAAUGGCAACGGUGGGCCGAGCUGA